UUGGCCUCCGACAAUCAAAUUAUUCCAUACAGUAUUAAGAAAAGCCAAUGGCAAGUAAUGUGGAGGGUCAAGAUGACAAGCAGACUGUCACAGUCUUACUAUUAGGAGACCCUGGAUGUGGUAAAACGACAUUCCUCUCAUCUCUAAGGAACACCCAUCGCAGGCUCACAGGCCAAACACCACCCGGCGCAAGCGGGGCAGAAUUGCUACGCGAUACUGAUCAACCAUUCUUGUUUGACAUUCGCUUCACCAAGAAAGUAUUUACUUUGGAAGCCUACGACGUAGCAAGUCCCAACCAACACUGGACGACACUGAAACCAGAUGUUGUACUCCUGGCAUUUGAUAUCUCGAAUCGGGAGACUCUAGCGGGGCUCAAAGCUUGGCGACAUGACAUUAUCAGAUAUUUCCAACGUGGCCAAGGUGAACGCAUCCCUGUCAUGUUGGUAGGUCUGAAGAGGGACCUUAGAACAGAGGGCGAGGGGAUCAUUUACCCGCAAGAAUCUUAUCGGAUUGCACAGGAGCUCCGCUGUGACCGGUAUGCAGAGUGUUCUGCUGUCACUGGGGAGCUUUUGGUGGAGACUUUCGAGGACCUGGCGAGGCUUGCAGGUAUGAUGACUACUGAAACGGGAGGGCAGACUGCGGGUGGUUGUGUCAUUCUUUGAGGGCUGGUAGAUGAUCA